AUGCCUCCAGUCAUGCUCGAUACAGUCGGCCAGAAUGGCCGAGACAACAGCGCCACGAAUGAAGCGGACCACUCAAGCACAGAGACACCCUUUCUGAACACACAGCCGGAGUCCAAUCACAAUUGGAAAAUCACACUCGAAGGCAAGGUCAUCGCAAUAACCGGUGCCAACAGGGGAAUAGGACUCGCUCUUGCAGAGGUCUGUUUAGCAAACGAUGCAACCAACAUAUUCAGUCUAGACGUCUUCGAACCGGGGCCCGAAUUCGCUGCACUGCAAAAGGUUCACCCUAAGAAGUUGCACUAUAUCCAUUGCGAUGUGACUUCCGAGGACAGCGUCAACUCUGCAAUCGAUGCGGUGAUCGCGGCGUCCGGCGUGAUACACGGCUUCAUUGCCAAUGCUGGAAUGACCAAGCACCAACCAGCCCUGGACUUUACGCGUGCCCAACUGGAUCAGUUGUUCAAUCUCAACGUGUUUGGCGCGUAUUUCUGCGCCACUACAGUUGCGCGCCGAUUCAUUGAUCUCGGAAUCAAAGGAUCCAUCGUCUUCACGGCUUCCAUGACAUCCUAUCGCCCCAACCGCGCCGCACCCUCCGCUCCAUAUGGAGCUACCAAGGCUGCAGUUCGAAAUAUGACUCAUACGAUGGCCAUGGAGUGGGCAAAGCAUGGUAUUCGUGUGAAUUCCAUCUCCCCGGGGUUUAUCAAAACGGCCAUGACCUACUUUGUUGAUCAAGCGCCAGACUGGGAUCUCAAAAUGCAGUAUUACGGUGGGAUGCCGCGACUGGCCGAUCCCAAGGAACUUGGAGGCGCAUAUGUUUACUUGCUUUCCGACGGCGCUUCAUACACAAGUGGAAUUGAUAUCCCGGUCGCCGGUAUCGUCGGUGCGUGGUAG